AUGGCUCUCACAGUGACCGUGACCGGGGCGACGGGAUUCAUCGCAACGGAACUAGUAAAACAAUUGCUCGAGAAGGGAUACGAUGUCCGUGGAACUGUGCGCAGCCUUAAGAAGGAGGAAAAGGUAGCACACCUGAAGGCUCUUGAUGCAGCUCUGCCUGGCAAUCUCACCCUGCACGAGGCAGACCUCCUCGAAGAGGGCUCCUUUGACGAAGUAGUGAAGGGGGCGGACUAUGUAUUUCACACCGCCAGCCCAUUCUUCAUGGGGGACAGUCCAGAUGCUCAGAAAGACCUCGUGGAUCCAGCAGUCAAGGGCACCACCACAGUCCUGAGAUCUGUAGCGAAGAGCAAGGGCUCGGUGAAGCGAGUCGUGCUCACAUCCUCUGUUGCAGCCAUCAUGAAGAUGAAGAAGGGUCCCUUGAAGGGCAAGGUAUUCACAGAUCAGGACUGGAACGACGAGAACACUGUCUCAGACGGGCCUUACAUGUACAGCAAGACUGAGGCCGAGAAGGCGGCAAGGGCGCUGGCAGAAAAGGAGGGAUUUGAGAUAGCGACAAUCCACCCUGCAUUUGUCAUGGGGCCAGUCAUUGCUGCCAGGGCAGAUGCAACCUCCAUCGUCACAAUGAAGGGGUUCAUUGAGCAUGGGGAGUAUUCCUUCUUCCCCUGGCACUGUGACGUGCGUGACAUCGCCCGCGCACACAUCCUGGCUGCCGAGGUGCCUUUGGCAACCGGCCGCUACAUAGUGGCACAGCCUCCGGUGCCCACGAGCUACCUUUCCAAGGUCCUCUCAGAAAGGUUCCCGCAGUUCAAAUUCCCGGCUGGCAAGGAGGAUGACUCCAGCGAAACCUCAUAUGACACCAGCAAGGUUGAGAAGGAGUUGGGCCUGCGCAUGCACCCCCUGAAGGAGACAUACGUUGACAUGGCGACCACGCUCAUCCAGCGAGGCAUCGCCAAGCCUGUGGCAAAACUGUUGCCGCGGCCGGCUGGCAGUGUUGGGCUGGAGUGCCCAACGAAGGAGCUGGGGUGA